UCCCUGGAGGGAUCAAAUUCAAACAAUAGUAUUUCCUCUCGACAUAAUUUAUACUUCUUAAUUCAAGUAUUCUGAAAAGGAAAAACAAGAUGCAAAAUGGUUCAACUCUUUCGACCACGAUGGAGAGCGGGUACCUUCAUAGCGAGGAGUUUGAUGACGACGGCAGGAUAAAACGAACCGGGAGUUGGACAAAUGCAACCGCACAUAUAAUAACAGCAGUGAUCGGGUCGGGAGUGUUGUCCUUAGCAUGGUGUUUUGCUCAACUAGGCUGGCUCGCCGGAUCCAUCACCAUCGUCUUGUUUUCGGUCAUCACUUUGUAUACCUCGCUCUUGUUGACGGAAUGCUACCGGGAUCCUGUCACCGGCGCCAGAAACUAUACUUAUAUGGAUGCAGUAAAAUCCAAUCUUGGAACCCUUCAACACAAGUUUUGUAGCGUAGCUCAAUGUGGUGUUCUCAUAGGAAUAACCAUCGGAUACACGACCACUACCGCAAUGAGCAUGGCCGCGGUAAAAAGAUCCAACUGUUUUCAUAAAUACGGCCACGAAGCUGCUUGUCAUGUGCCCAACAAUCCGUUUAUGGUCAUUUUCGCCAUCAUUCAAAUUCUCCUAAGCCAAGUCCCUAACUUCCAUAAACUGACGCCACUCUCAGUCAUUGCUGCUAUCAUGUCGUUCUCGUAUUCAUUUAUUGGCAUCGGGCUUUCAGUUUCCAAAAUCAUUGGUGAAGGAAUUGGGAAGACGACUCUAACGGGGAUACCGAUCGGAAAGGACUUUACGGCGAUGGAGAAAAUGUGGAAAACACUCUCUGCUUUAGGGGAUUUUGCUUUUUCCUAUUCGUUUUGUUUCGUCCUCAUUGAAAUUCAGGAUACAUUAAAAUCGAGUCCACCUGAGAACAAACAAAUGAAGAAGGCUACAGCCAUCGGAAUCUCAACAUCGAUUGUGUUUUAUAUGAUGUGUGGGAUGUUGGGAUAUGCGGCUUUUGGAAACGAAGCACCGGGAAAUUUCUUGACCGGGUUCGGGUUUUAUGACCCGUUUUGGCUGGUCGAUCUCGCUAAUAUUUGCAUCGUUGUUCAUCUUCUUGGUGCAUAUCAGGUAUUAGCCCAACCAAUUUAUGGGUAUGUAGAGAGCUGGAGCAAAGAGAAAUGGCCACAAAAUAAACUCAUCUCAAAAGAGUUCUCAUUGUGGGGAUACGAUAUCAAUAUGUUGAGAUUUGUUUGGAGAACAAGUUACGUGAUAGUAAUGACAAUAAUAGCAAUGAUAUUCCCGUUCUUUAACGACUUUGUGGGAUUACUUGGCGCAUGCACGUUCUGGCCAUUAUCGGUUUAUUUCCCAUUAGAGAUGUAUAUUUCACGAGCAAAGAUCCGCAAGUACUCCUUCACUUGGAUUUGGAUGCAAAUAGUUAGUCUAGUAUGCUUUAUUGUGUCACUAGUAGCUGCGAUUGGGUCAACCCGUGGGCUCAUCAUUUCAGUCCAAUUGUUCAAACCCUUUCAAUCUGAAUCUUAACAAACCCAAGUGGGUUCGGGUUUGGGUUCGGGUUAGGUUUAACUAUUAUAAUGGAACUCCACUAGCAAGGGGACUUUUAACAAGUUGCUAGAGGUGACUUUCAUUGGACAAGUAGGAAUCUAUAUUUACAAAUAAAUGUCUUCUUUGUAAGA